UCUCCCUCUGAGAUCAUCUGAGUACUAUGGCUCAACAGCUGCCUGCUGGCAAUGGAGAGUCGGCGGAGUCCCCGAGCGUUGAACUGCCAGAGAUAGGAAGCGGCUUGAGAUUGUCGUUCCGGCGUCUCGCUUCAAGUUUCCGUAGCAGUUCAGAUUCAGUUUCCGCGAAAGAGGAAGACGAAGACGUUGAGUGUCAGUUGCAGUGGGCCGCGAUUGAACGGAUGCCGACUUUUGAGCGGUUGCGAUCGUCGUUGUUCGACGAAAAUGGCGGAAGCAAGGCCGGCGCCGGAAAGCGCGUGGUCGAUGUGACGAAGCUUGGCGCUCUGGAGCGGCAUGCUUUCAUUGAGAAACUCAUCAAACACAUUCAGCACGACAACCUCCGGCUGUUGCAGAAGCUCCGGAAAAGAAUCGAUAGGGUUGGAGUGGAGUUGCCAAAAGUGGAGGUUAGGUAUAAGAAUUUGAAGGUGGAAGCAGUGUGUGAGGUGGUACAUGGCAAGCCGAUCCCUACUCUCUGGAAUUCUCUCAAAAGCAUCCUUUCGGACUGCGUGAAGAUAUCUAGUUUAAAUUCACAAGAAGCCAAGAUAUCCAUCAUUAAUGAUGUCAGUGGUAUCAUUAGGCCUGGAAGAAUGACUCUACUGCUUGGCCCUCCAGGAUGUGGAAAGACCACUUUACUAAAAGCACUCUCAGGAAAUCUGAGCAAAUCUCUCAAGGUUACAGGGGAAAUUUCUUACAACGGAUACAAACUCGAAGAGUUUAUACCACAAAAAACUUCUGCUUACAUAAGUCAAAAUGACCUACACAUCCCUGAGAUGACUGUGAGAGAAACACUUGAUUUUUCAUCCCACUGCCAGGGUGUUGGAAGCCGAGUAGAGAUUAUGACUGAGGUUAGCAGAAGAGAAAAGCAGGAAGGAAUUAUACCAGAUCCCGACGUAGAUAUUUAUAUGAAGGCAACUUCGGUAGGAGGACAAAAAACAACCCUUCAGACAGACUAUAUUUUGAAAAUUCUUGGACUUAAUAUCUGUGCUGACACAGUGGUUGGAGAUGCUAUGAGACGAGGUAUUUCUGGUGGUCAAAAGAAAAGACUAACUACAGGGGAGAUGAUUGUAGGUCCUUCAAAAGCUCUAUUUAUGGAUGAAAUAUCAAAUGGCUUGGAUAGUUCAACCACAUAUCAAAUUGUUGCCUCAUUUCAACAAUUGGCACAUAUUACAGAUGCUACUGUAGUUAUGGCACUUCUACAGCCAGCACCAGAAACUUUUGAUCUCUUUGAUGAUGUCAUCUUGAUGGCAGAAGGGAAGAUUGUGUAUCAUGGACCCCAUACUCAUAUUUUAGAACUUUUUGAAGAUUGUGGGUUCAGAUGUCCUGAAAGGAAAGGGAUAGCGGACUUCCUCCAGGAGGUGCUCUCCGUAAAAGAUCAAGCACAAUACUGGCAUCGAACUGAACAGAUUCAUAGAUUUGUAUCUGUGGAUAUGUUUAGUAGAAAAUUCAAGGAAUCUGCUUCUGGGAAGAAGCUAGAUGAGGAGCUGUUGGAGCAAUUCAUGACUUCCAAGAGCCAUAAGGAUGCCCUUUGUUUCCACAAGUAUUCUCUUUCUAAAUGGGUUCUCUUUAGAGCUUGUAUGUCUAGGGAAUUUCUUCUCAUGAGGAGGAAUUCUUUCGUUUAUGUAUUCAAAUCAGCGCAGCUUACCAUGAUGGCAUUUAUUGCAAUGACACUAUUUUUGCGAACUCAAAUGGAUGUUGAUAUUGUUUAUGCAAACUACUAUCUUGGGGCUUUGUUCUAUUCUCUCGUCGUACUCUUUUUUGAUGGAAUUGCGGAGCUGUCUAUGACUGUUGCAAGGCUUCCAGUCUUCUACAAACAUAGAGAUUUGUACUUCUACCCAGCUUGGGCAUAUGCAAUUCCAACAAUCAUACUCAAGAUCCCUAUUUCGAUGUUGGGAGCUCUGAUUUGGACAUCUCUGACUUAUUUUGUCAUUGGAUACAGUCCUGAUAUAGGGAGGUUUUUCCGCCAAUUCAUUAUACUCUUUGCUUUACACUCAACAGCGACGUCCAUGUUCCGUUUCUUGGCAGCUGUCUUCCGCACCAUGGUUGCUUCUUCAACAGCCGGAAGUUUGGCAAUAGCAUUUCUCUAUCUUUUGGGUGGCUUUGUCAUACCAUAUCCCUCUAUGCCUGCAUGGUUGAAAUGGGGAUUUUGGCUCUCCCCAAUGGCAUAUUGUGAGAUAGGCAUUACUGUAAAUGAAUUCAGAGCUCCUCGAUGGCAAAAGAUGCUGCCAACAAACACAACAAUAGGGCAACAAACACUUGCAAGUCGUGGACUGGAUUUUGAUGGAUAUUUCUUUUGGAUAUCAGUUGGUGCCUUGUUUGGUUUAACAAUAGCUUUCAACACUGGGUUUGCAGUGGCCUUGAGUUUCUUGAAGCCUCCUGGUUCCCAUGCUAUUAUUUCAAACGAGAAGCUCUCCCAAGUACAAGGAAGCAAAGACCCAAAAAAUGGUAUCUACAUAGAAGCAAAUUCCAGCAACAAAUCUGCAAUCACAGCUGCAAAACCUGGUAGAGGAAGAUUGGUUUUACCUUUUGAGCGCCAAACAGUUGUGUUUCAGUAUUUGCAAUAUUAUGUCGACACCCCCUCGAUUAUGCAAGAACGAGGUUUUACUCAGAAAAGACUGCAGCUUCUUUGUGAUAUUACGGGUGCACUCAGCCCUGGUGUUCUUACAGCAUUAAUGGGAGUCAGCGGAGCUGGGAAAACAACUCUUUUGGAUGUUCUGGCUGGAAGAAAAACUACUGGUAUUAUCGAAGGAGAAAUCAGAAUUGGGGGUUACCCUAAGGUUCAGGAGACAUUUUCUAGGAUUUCAGGAUACUGUGAGCAAACUGACAUACAUUCUCCACAAGUUACUGUGGAAGAAUCAGUUAUUUAUUCAGCUUGGUUACGCUUGCAUCCUCAGAUUGAUUCAAAAACUAAGUUUGAAUUUGUGAAAGAAGUUCUUGAAACUAUUGAGCUUGAUGAAAUCAAAUAUGCCCUGGUUGGUGUGCCUGGUGUUAGCGGUUUAUCUACUGAACAACGUAAGCGCCUUACAAUAGCUAUCGAGCUUGUUGCUAACCCUUCCAUUAUUUUCAUGGAUGAACCAACAACUGGACUAGAUGCAAGAGCAGCUGCAAUUGUCAUGCGAGCCGUAAAGAAUGUGGCUGAUACAGGAAGAACAAUUGUUUGCACCAUCCAUCAACCAAGCAUUGACAUAUUCGAAGCAUUUGACGAGUUGAUUCUGUUGAAAGCUGGUGGACGUAUGAUCUAUUCAGGACCAGUGGGCCAGCAUUCAUGCAAUGUCAUCAAAUAUUUUGAGGAUAUAUCAGGGGUUCCAAAGAUAAAAAAUAAUUACAAUCCAGCAACGUGGAUGCUGGAAGUAACUUCAACUUCUGCAGAAGCCGAACUCGGUGUUGACUUUGCCGAAAUCUACAACAACUCUGUCUUGUACGAAAAAAAUAAGGAGUUAGCCAAGAGGUUAAGUACUCCGCCGCCUGGUUCAAAAGACUUGUAUUUCCCAACACGCUACUCGCAAAAUGGUUGGGGACAGUUCAAAUCUUGCCUCUGGAGACGACACCUGUCUUAUUGGAGGAGUCCUUCUUACAACUUGACACGCCUUGCUUAUUCACUUGUUACGUCAUUGCUUUUGGGAGUACUAUAUUGGCAGCAAGGAAGCAAAAUCAAUAAUCAGCAGAGCUUGUUCACUAUCUCUGGUUCAAUGUUUAUGUCGGUUAUUUUCUUGGGCAUAAACAAUUGCUCAACAGUUCUCCCAUAUGUCUCAAUGGAACGAUCUGUUCUAUAUCGGGAAAGAUUCGCAGGGAUGUAUGCAUCAUGGGCUCACACACUUGCUCAGGUCACAGUUGAGUUUCCAUACCUCUUGGUCCAAGCACUUGCUUUUGUUAUAAUCACAUAUCCAAUGAUUGGGUUCCAUUGGUCAGCUUACAAGGUUCUCUGGUACUUCUUUGUCAUGCUUUGUACAUUGUUGUACUAUAAUUACCUGGGACUGCUACUGGCUUCAAUCACACCGAACUAUCAUGUAGCUGCGAUUUUUCAGACAGCAUUUUAUGCAACAUUCAACUUAUUCUCGGGGUUUCUUCUUCCUAAACCGCACAUUCCCAAGUGGUGGAUAUGGGCAUAUUACAUGGUUCCUACAUCGUGGUCCUAUAAGGGCCUUCUCGCAUCACAGUUUGGCGACAUGGAUAAGGAGAUUCUGGUGUUUGGAGAAACCAAACGCGUCUCAGCCUUCUUGAGGGAUUACUUCGGAUGUUCCCAUCAUCAGUUGCCUCUAAUCGCAACUGUUCUCGUCGCUUACCCCAUUAUCUAUGCUUUUCUGUUCUCCUUCUUCACAGCCAAGUUGAACUUCCAGAAGAGGUAAUAUUAAAACAGUGAAUGAUGCUGUUACCCAGUCACUUACUCUAUAUAUGUCUUUUGACACUUCAUCACCACGUACUACUGCAAGAAGAAGCUUCAUAUAUUUCGUCUUGAAUCAUUGAUCCACAGCUCAAAAUUCUGAACCAAUUUUAGGAAUUCAUCUCCCUGAAAGCCAGUACAGAUUACUUGUAACAGGAAAAAUGAACCAAAAUUGUCAAAUUUUAGUUGGUUUGGUGACUACAUUUAUUGUAAAGUUCUGAUUUUAAAGUUGCCGUUUAGUGUUGGGGAUUAGAACAAUAUGAAAGGGUGGUCUUAAAUAAAAUUAAAUGAAAGUUCAU